AUGUCUCCUUGUGAUCCAGAUGAGGGUCCAUCAAUUACAGGAUGGAGAGUGCAACGCUGGGAAUCAUCACUUCAGCCUGUUGUUCUUCACCAAAUAUUUGGAAAUCCUACUUCCAGUUUUGGUGGGCAGGCACCAAUGCAAACUGUUUGGCUAUCCAAAGUGGACACAAGCAUACAACCAACUAAUGAUUUUAAAAGUCACCAAGCAGCAGCGACAACAGCAACCACAGAUGCAAGGAAGACUCCUGAUUCUGGCAUAGAGAAAGUAAAACGAGUCAGUUUUGAUCCUUUUGACCUGUCAAGUGAUGUUAGAACACUCGCUCAAAUAGUCUAUUCUGCUCAUGGUGGUGAGAUUGCUGUUGCUUUCCUCCGGGGUGGGGUUCACAUCUUCUCUGGACCGUACAGUUUUAAAAUAAUACGUGUUCUUCCUCCUACUGUUCCAAGCAGCCAAGUGAAGGCAAACUCGUCAACCUCGGAACGGGCCAUUGCCGAAAGGUUUUGGUGGAGUCUUUUCGUUGGGGUUGAUUGGUGGGAUGUUGUUGGCUGUACGCGGAGUGCUGCAGAGGAUGGCAUUGUUUCCCUGAACAGUGUCAUUGCGGUACUGGAUGCAAAUUUUCAUUCUCUUCCUACUGCUCAACACAGACAACGAUUUGGUCCUUGUCUCGACAGGUUAAAGUGCAGGCUACUGGAAGGUACAAAAGCACAAGAAGUUAGGGCAAUGGUUCUAGACAAGCAAGCCGGGUUGUUAAAUCCAUCUGCUUUGGUACCGGAGCCAUGGCAGGCAUCUGGCGAAACGUUAUCAGGCAUUGAUCCUGAAGCAACGGCUGUUGAACCAGCAUUAGUUCCACAUGUUCAGAAUAUGCCCCGGCCUAGAGGUGCAGAUGCUGCUGGUUUGUUGCUCCGAGAGCUAGAACUCCGCCCUCCAGCCGAAGAGCGGGGAAGGCGCAAUAUGUACGGAGAGCCUUGGUCUGGUCCAGAUGAUAUGGGUCCUCAAGAUGAUACCACCAAGCUAUGUAAUUCUUCAGACCCACUUGAUUCCGGAUCUUUGGAAAGUUGUGAUGUUUAUUAUGGAGCCGAUGGCUUGUUGCCGAGGAAGCGCGGGAUGUCUGAAAGAGAUGCAGCAUUUGGCCUGAACACUUAUGUGGGUCUGGGGCAAUGUUUUAAGAGGCAAAGGCACAGGCGAAGCGGUUCAUGGUAGCCCCGCCCAGGCGAAAGCCUUAAGGCAUGCUUCGCCUCAUUGUGGGACCUGAAAUUUGAUAUAUAUUAUAUAUAUAAUUAUUUAUAAAAUACAAUACUUUGUAAAACAAAUACCAAGUCUAGUUGUACUUGGAAACUAUGUCAUAUUGUCUUAAAAUAUUGUAAUUAGUUAUUUAUGGUAAACAAUUAUAGAGAACUUAAGAGAAAUAAGUCUGAGUGGCCACAAUUAUAAAGAAUUUCAUAGGAAAUAAAUGUUGAAAGAUGCAAUUAUAAGCAAUUCAAAAGGAAA